AUGGACCCAGCCAAGCACCCCCUCGCGGGUAUCCGCGUGCUAGACCUGACCCGGGUCCUUGCUGGUCCGUACUGUACACAAAUUCUCGGUGAUCUGGGGGCCGAGGUCAUCAAGGUUGAACACCCCGUCCGUGGCGACGAUACAAGGGCGUGGGGACCUCCUUAUGCUAAGCCCCUCUCAGGAGAAGGGCCUGGCGAAAGUGCAUACUUCUUAGCUGCAAACCGCAACAAAAAAUCCCUCGCUCUUUCGUUUAAACAUUCCACUGGCCAACGCAUUCUCCACGAUCUCGUUGCCAAAUCCGACGUUCUUGUAGAAAACUAUCUCCCCGGAACCCUUGCUAAAUAUGGUCUCGACUAUGCCACCCUCUCAAAACUCAACCCAGGUCUUAUCUACGCCAGUAUCACUGGAUAUGGCCAGACAGGCCCAUACAGUAAUCGCGCAGGUUACGACGUGAUUGUAGAGGCUGAGAUGGGUCUGAUGCACAUCACUGGCGAGCCUGACGGCCCACCCGUUAAAGUUGGCGUUGCAGUCACAGACCUUACAACAGGACUAUACUGCUCAAACAGUAUCAUGGCCGCUUUGAUUGCGAGGGGGCGCACAGGCAGAGGUCAAUGGAUUGAUGCCGCACUGAGCGACUGUCAAGUUGCAACUUUAGCGAAUAUUGCCAGUUCGGCAUUGAUUUCUGGUGAACCGGACAGUGGUAGACAUGGAACUGCCCAUCCAAGCAUUGUUCCAUACGAGUCAUUCCCCACUGCGGAUGGGAAUAUCCUUCUCGGUGGUGGGAACGAUAAGCUCUACGCAAUACUGUGUAAAAAGAUCAACCAACGCGACUGGAUCUCUGAUCCGCGCUUUGCGACGAAUGAUAUCCGUGUCAUCAACCGACGUAUAUUGAUACCCAUGAUCGCGGCCGAGACAAAGAAGAAAACGACGAAGGAGUGGUUGGAAAUUUUUGACGGGAGUGGGAUCCCGUACGCAGCUAUCAAUGAUAUCCAAGCGACAUUAUCACAUCCUCAUGUGUUGGCAAGAAACAUGAUCCAGGAAGUGGAGCACCCGUUGUGUGGAAAUAUUAAACUUGUGGGCCCUCCGGUGAAGUAUAGCGAGGCGAGACCGGGUAUUAGAAGUGCCCCUCCAGGGCUAGGGCAGCACACUUUGGAGGUUCUUACAGGGUUGGGAAUGUCGAGAGCCGAGAUUGAUGGCUUGGCCGCUGAGGGAGUAGUGAAGGCUGUGGAGUAG